CGUCGAUGUUAGAGUUAGUGGGCUUGCGCCACGCUAGCGCUUGACUAUUUAUUCAUCAAUCGUUCUAAGCAGAAGAAGCAAAGAAAGAUGAACGAAGUCUUCAGAUCGAGAUUUGUAAUCACUCUAUGCAGCAUCAUUUUGUUUUUAUGUUGCAACGGUGGCAAUGCUAUGCAAUGUUAUCAAUGUAACAGCCGCAAUAAUAGCCAAUGUGCCGAUCUUAUUCCUCCAGAUUCCAUGAAAAUAGAUUGUUCGGAUCUUAAAGAUGGUGCAAAGUACACAAUGUGCCGAAAAAUUACACAAGUCAUCGAGUUCAGCGUCAAUGGCUUACCACCAGAUACACGAGUUAUUCGAGGAUGCGGAUGGGAUGAAACAAAUUAUAAAGGCAAGUGUUAUCAGCGAAGUGGCUUUGGUGGUAGACAAGAAGUUUGUUCCUGUUUAACUGACUAUUGCAAUUCGGCAAUGCCUGGAGCUGGAACUUGGUCUCAACGUCUUAUUUCUUCAUGCAUUCUGAUCAACCUAUUGCUAAUGUUUUCGUGGAAUUAGAUAUUUAUAGAAAAUGUUCGAAUUCGUUGGAUUUCAUUAUUAUAAAACUAUAAUGGAGAUUAGGUUAGCAAUAGUAAGAUUAAUACCAACUUUUUAUCAAUGUAAAGUUGAUUACUAGAUAAUUGAAGUAAUACAAUUAUUCACAUUAAAGCGCAAGAAAAAACCAAGAAAAUAUUUUAUAUUAUACAAAUAAUCAAGAAAGACGGCUCUAUCUUGUGCUAACCUAGUUGUAAGUACACGCGCAACAGCAAAUUAAGUAAAUCAUGUCUAUAUGUGUGCUGUUUAAUUAAUUUGUGGACUUCCUGAUCUCAGUGAUUACUGAAUUGAUCAAGCUUUU